GCUCGGAGUGAUCGAGAUCCUGGACCGAGUCGUCGAGUCUCGACGACGCCGGGCUCAAAUUUUCUGUCAAUCACGCCGACCAUUGCUGCUCACUUACGGCCUCAACAAAUUCUCCCAUUCAGUGACUUGCUGCUACCAUGCGUCAGAAACGAGCUAAAGCUUAUCGCAAGCUCAUGUCUCUCUACUGCAUGUCCUUCGGCUUCCGGCAACCGUACCAGGUGUUAGUCGACUCCGAGAUGUGUAAAUCGUCUAUCACGCAAAAGCUUGAGCUCUCAAAGCAACUCGAGACUGUCCUCCAGGGUACCGUUAAGCCCAUGAUUACCCAAUGCUGCAUACACGAACUUUACUUGCAGGGAAAGGAACAGCAACCGGCCGUCGACCUCGCGAAGACGUUUGAGCGACGGAAAUGCAACCACCGCGAGGCGAUUCCUGGGGAUGAGUGUUUGGCCAGCGUCGUCGGCGAGACGAACAAGCAUCGCUACGUGAUUGCAACGCAGUCGCAUGAUCUCCGCGUGAAGCUACGUACUGUACCUGCAGUGCCGCUGGUUCACAUUAACAGGUCGGUCAUGAUACUGGAGCCUCCAAGCAAGGCGACACUUGAAGCAAAGGAGUCGGCCGAGGAACAAGUGCUUCAUCCAUCUGCCCCGGAGAUCGCUACUCUACCCUCUACGAGCACACCAGCCGAAGCUCCCAAGAGAAAGAUGAAGGGACCAAAAGGACCUAAUCCGUUGAGUGUCAAGAAGAAGAAACCGAAGGUCGAUCCAUCAGCACCGAAUAAGGCGGCGAAUGAGAGUGAACAGGGUCACGCAGGUGCGAAGCGCACACGGGGCGAGGACGCGGAUGGAAAUGUAGAUGGAGGGGAGGAACCUAGCUCACAAGGAGCCGGUCGCAAACGAAAGCGGCGAAAGAAGAUGGGCGAUAAUGAGCCUGACCAUGAGCCCCGCGGAGACACGCCAUAGCAUCCGCGUAGACCAUGCUAUGUCGCUUCAGUCUUUGGCUCUCAAUCUAUGUUCUCCUCAAUAA